AUGCUAUCCAAGACCAUCUUCAUCCUCGCUUCGGCUGCCACUCUAGUCAACAGCCAAUUCGAUCCGACAUCAGUUCCCUACGCUACAAGACAGGCCUGGUGUAACUCCCAAACAUCCGCAUGUCCAAUCCUCUGCCUACAACUACCAGGAGCCUCGGGCACACCAAAAUCAAACACCUGCUCAGCCGACACCCUACUCUACGACUGCAUAUGCAACAAUAAUGUUAUCCCCAAUGCCAGCGAAUAUUCCCAGACAAUCCCCUACUACACCUGCACAGAAACCAACAACCAAUGUGUCAAAAAAUGCAAUGGUGACUCCACUUGCCAGAAUGACUGCAGAGUAAAGAACCCCUGUGGAGCCCAGGAUCCCAAGCGUGUUAAUAUUACUACUACCGCCAAGCCUACCCCUACUGCAUCUGAGACCCCUGUGAAUACCCUUGUCGAUGGAGCUACUGGCGCUGGUCCGCGCAUGGCCUCUGUUAAUAUGAGCCAUGUCUAUGGGCUUUGUGUUUUGGUUGGUGGUUUUGUUGCUGGCUUUGCUACUCUCUUGUAG